UAGCUUGAGACAGAGGCUCGGGCCCAACCUUCCUGUGUGGUUUCAGCUGCCCCCGGAGUGUGUCAUGGACCUCGGGAAGCCCAUGAAAAGCGUGCUGGUGGUGGCGCUCCUCGUCAUCUUCCAGGUGUGCCUGUGCCAAGAUGAGUCCACAGACGAUUAUAUCGGAGACAACACCACUGUGGAUUAUACCGUGUAUGAGUCUCUGUGCUCCAAGAAAGAUGUUAGAAACUUUAAGGCCUGGUUCCUACCUAUCAUGUACUCGGUCAUUUGCUUCCUAGGCCUUGUGGGCAAUGGGUUGGUGGUGUUGACCUACAUCUAUUUCAAGAGACUCAAGACCAUGACCGAUAUGUACCUGCUUAAUCUCGCUUUGGCAGACAUGCUCUCCCUCCUGGCCCUCCCCUUCUGGGCCUACAGCGCAGCCAAAUCCUGGAUCUUUGGCGUCUACUUUUGCAAGAGCAUCUUCGGCAUCUACAAAGUAAGCUUCUUCAGCGGCAUGCUGCUGCUUCUCUGCAUCAGCAUAGACCGCUACGUGGCCAUCGUCCAGGCCGUGUCUGCUCACCGCCACCGUGCCCGGGUGCUUCUCAUCAGCAAGCUGUCCUGCGUGGGUAUCUGGCUCCUGGCCCUGUUGCUCUCCAUCCCAGAGCUGGUCUACAGCAACCUGCAGAAGAGCAACAGCGAGCAUGCCUGGAGAUGCUCGCUCAUCACAGAGUACAUGGAGGCCUUGAUCAUCAUCCGGGUGGCCCAGAUGGUGAUGGGCUUUGUGGUACCCCUCCUAGCCAUGAGCUUCUGCUACCUUGUCAUCAUUCGCACCCUGCUCCAGGCUCGCAACUUUGAACGGAACAAGGCUAUCAAAGUGAUCAUCGCCGUGGUGGUGGUCUUUAUCGUCUUCCAGCUGCCUUACAACGGCGUGGUCCUGGCUCAGACGGUGGCCGACUUCAACAUCACCAAAAGCAGCUGCGCGCUCAGCAAGCAGCUCAACAUCGCUUACGACAUCACCUACAGCCUGGCCUGUGUCCGCUGCUGCGUCAAUCCCUUCUUGUACGCAUUCAUCGGGGUCAAGUUCCGAAAUGACCUCUUCAAGCUCUUCAAGGACUUGGGCUGCCUCAGCCAGGAGCAGCUCCGGCAGUGGUCUUCCUGCCGGUACACGCGGCAUGGCUCCAUGAGCAUGGAAGCCGAGACCACCACCACCUUUUCCCCCUAGACGCCUCCUCUACCCAGACUUACAGGGAUGUCUCCCAGGACCCCUAGGGUGGGAACAGGAUGCUGAUGCAAUGACUCCAUCU